UGAGGCGCCCGCGGGAGGCGGCGGCGUGAAGAGAGGGCUCUGGGCGCGGACACCUGGCAUCCUGGUGUCCGCCUUCCCUUGUGCAUCCUGUCUUUGGGUUGGGGCGGAGUCACAUCACAUAAACUUUUGGAUAAUACUCGUUUCCUGGUCUCAGUUUCCACCGUGGAAAAUUGAGGCACAAGUGCUUCCCUGUGUCAGGGUGUCAUGGAAGGGCUGCUGACAAGAUGCAGAGCACUGCCCGCUCUGGCCACCUGCAACCACCAGCUCUCUGGGUACAUUCCCCGCAGGUUUCCCCACUGUGCCCCAGGGAGAGGGAAGCGCUUGGCGCUGUCCUGCAUGUUCCAGCCCCAGAACCUUCGGGAAGACCAGGUGCUCCCAGUGGAGGGCAGAUCUGGCGACCUGACCUGUAAGAGCCAGCGGCUGAUGCUGCAGGUGGGCCUGAUCCACCCAGCAAGCUCCGGCUGUUACCACCUCCUGCCUUAUACUGUUCGUGCCAUGGAGAAGCUGGUGCGGAUGAUAGACCAGGAGAUGCAGGCCAUUGGCGGGCAGAAGGUCAACAUGCCCAGCCUCAGCCCAGCAGAGCUCUGGCGAGCCUCCAACCGGUGGGACUUGAUGGGCAGGGAGCUGCUAAGACUUAGAGACAGACACGGCAAGGAAUACUGCUUAGGACCAACUCACGAGGAAGCCAUUACAGCCCUGGUCGCCUCCCAGAAGACACUGUCCUACAAGCAGCUCCCAUUCCUGCUGUACCAGGUGACAAGGAAGUUUCGGGAUGAGCCCAGGCCCCGCUUUGGUCUUCUCCGUGGCCGAGAGUUUUACAUGAAGGACAUGUACACCUUCGACUCCUCCCCAGAGGCCGCCCGGCAGACCUACAGCCUGGUAUGUGAUGCCUACGGCAGCCUGUUCGACAGGCUGGGGCUGCGGUGUGUCAAGGUCCAGGCAGACGUGGGCAGCAUCGGGGGCACGAUGUCUCACGAGUUCCAGCUCCCAGUGGAGAUCGGAGAGGACCGGUUUGCUGUCUGCACCAGCUGCAGCUUCUCGGCCAACGUGGAGACGCUAGGCUCGUCUCAAAUGAACUGCCCUGCUUGCCAGGGACCACUGACUGAAACCAAAGGCAUCGAGGUGGGGCACACGUUUUACCUGGGCACCAAGUACUCCUCCAUUUUCAAUGCCCAGUUUAUUAACAUCCAUGGCAAACCUUCCCUGGCUGAAAUGGGGUGCUAUGGCUUAGGUGUGACACGGAUCUUGGCUGCUGCCAUUGAGGUUCUCUCUACAGAAGAUUGCAUUCGCUGGCCUAGCCUCCUGGCUCCUUACCAAGUCUGCCUCAUCCCCCCGAAGAAGGGCAGUAAGGAAGAGGCGGCUGCAGAGCUCACGGGGCAGCUGUACGACCACAUCUCAGAGGCAGUGCCGCAGCUUCGUGGGGAGAUCCUACUGGACGACAGGACCCAUCUGACCAUUGGAAACAGACUGAAGGAUGCCAACAAAUUUGGCUACCCCUUUGUGAUCAUCGCUGGCAAGAGGGCCUUGGAGGACCCUGCCCAUUUUGAGGUUUGGUGCCAGAACACCAGCGAAGUGGUCUUUCUCACCAAAGAAGCAGUCAUAGAAUUACUGAGCCACGUGCAGGUUGUCUAAAUGCCCCAGCCCACCCUCCUCAUGUCGCGCCUUGGAGUUCAUUCUAAUGCUGCUCCCUUUCCUGCACUCCUUUCUGGGGCUGGUCUCAGAAACAGGGCAGCUCAUGGACGAUGAGCACAUGUUAGGGAAACCAAUUUUUAUCCAGUCAUUGGUUCAAACUAUUUGUAUUUAAAGUCAUUAGCUUGGUCCCUUCUCUGGCCUGGCCAUGCUGCCACAUACCAUUCCUUUGAUAUCUUCUGUUAGGAGGCAGGGAGGCAAGAAAGAGCAGACUUCUUGUCCUGGCCCUGAGGCGAGUCACUUCCCUUCUGUCAGCUGUUUCCCAUGUGGGAGUGGCUGAUGGCCGAGGCCCUCCUGGCUCCAUAGUCUGACCACAGGCCACUUGCUGCAUAUAGUCUGGAGAGCAGGCCAUGAGAAAAUGGAACUAGAUCUGUAAAGUCUUAAACAGCUGUCUGUCACUGGCUGGUUCCACGAGAGGUUCAUAACAGACAGAUCUGGUUCCUCUAAUCCCCUUUAGUCUAAGUUACACAGAAAGUUGAUAUAAUCAGCUAAUGGCCCCAAUAGAUCUACUCUAUUGAGGUGGCUCUGCACUGAGAUCAUGUUGAGACGAUGGAAUAAAGUCAAACUAUUGG